AUGAUUUCGAUUACCCUUAACGAAUAUAUCCGGAAGACAUACGCCGUGUCCAUUGAUGGAGUCGAUAUCAAUACUUUGAAGUUAAUAAAUUUUAGUGUAAGUUUUUAAUAUCAUAUAUUUUAUGUUUUUUAUUUUUUAGAAUUUUUACAUGAAAUUCCGUGGACGUAAGAUUUGUCGUCUGAAACCUGUUCAAAGCAAAUGCGGUGAGAAGCUGUGGUUCUUUUCGCUGUACGAUAAAGAUGAUGGAUGUGAGAGCGACACUAGAUGUCUCUUUGACGGAGAUGAAAUUCAAAUUUAUUUAACACCUGUUACCAAACGUCACACUGAAGUCCCUCAAUCUGAUCUUAUUUUUUAUACAAAUAUUUAA